AUGGACGUCAACGACGCUCAAUUUCUGGCCCGUGGUGGGGUCAAUACCCUUCAUGGGCCCUCAAAGAUAUUGGAGUUAUCUUGGUCGUCUUGUGAGUUUGCAAAUGUUUUGCGCUACACCAACCAUUGUGACAUAAACAGCGCCCCAAGGCUACAUGCCCAGGUUAUCUAUACAUCGAAGAUUUUGGCCGCCAUGAAGAGAUGCAAACUGCUUGAAGACGAGGGACUAGCUCAGAGCGAGCUUUUUAUGGCGAGGAGAUACAUGGAAAUCAAAACGCUUCAUUCUAGAAGAGAUAUUGGGCUGGUGAAGCCAGAGAGGCCCAAAGUGGUAUCGAAGAUCUACUUGCCUGGGGACUUCAAAAAUUUUAGGAAGACGGUGAAGGAGAAAUCAUCAAGCUACUCUCCUUCCCACUUUCCCAUUUUCCAGAACAUGACAUUGGAGCCUGUCACCGACUUAAUGCUAGGGGAAACCGACGAACUUCUCAAAUCAGAGGUCAAAAACGAGGAAGUGAUAAAUAUCGAAAAAGAAAAAUAUGAAUGCUUCUUGCCUGGCGACUUCGAGGAUUUCUUCUGCCUAUGGGUUGAGCAUAGUACGAAAGCACCAAAUGUCGUACAAGAGAUUCUUCGUCCCAUUGAUGUUUCACAAUCCAAUCAAGACUGUGUCAAUAAAAGAAUUGAAAAAGACAUGCUUGGAAAAUCAAGUCUCAAUCAAAGGUCUUCUAAAACGAUCAAAGUGCUGCCGUUCGCAAUAACUUCUCAUGCUUCAAAACUUUUGAAGACUUCCACCCCUUUCAAGAAUGCCUCCCUUAAUAAACUCAACACCUCUCAGGCCAAAGUAUUGGGUAAAAGAACUCGUUUGCGAAACAAGUUCAAGCGCCUAGGGACUUACAUCUAUAGUGUUUUAGCUCAUCACUUCGUGUAG